CACUCACUCUCUGUCUCUCAGAUUCAGCCUUUGUUGUUCUUAUAAAGUCGUCAUCCCCCCCAUCACCAGCUCAUUUUGAUCUCCUACCCAGCUCUCACCUCUCUGUGUAUGCAAAGUUGAAACCUUUUGAUACACAAUUCUUUAUAGCUGCAGUCAGUCAAAGAUCAAAGCCAACCCACCAUCAUCUCCCCUGUUCACCUCAGCUGUCUGUUUUGGACCCCAUCUUCUUCCCUUUUCUGGUUCUCCCUUUUGAGCUGAGACAGAAAAGAUGGGCAUCUAUAAAUUCCUGAACCUCCAGAUGAUCCCUUGGUGCUUCCAACUCAUGGGCAGCCACGUCUCCUGCGUCCAGCUCCAGCCCGAGCCUGAGCCCUCCCCCGCGCCGCCCUCCGACGCCGGCACCGUCAAGCUCAUCCUUUCCGACGGCCUCGUCAAGACCUACCACCGCCCGAUCCCGGCCUCUGAGCUCAUGGCCCAGUUCCCCAAGCACCUCGUCUGCCGCUCCGACUCCUUCUACAUCGGCCAGAAGAUCCCCGCCCUGUCCGAGCACGACCUCCUCCAGCUCGGCCACAAGUACUUCCUCCUGCCCCAGCACCUCUUUCAGUCCGUCCUGACCUUCGUCACCGUCGCCUCCUUCGUCGCGUCGCAGAAGCCGAGACCGCUCUCGCGGGACGUCAAUAGCUGUCGGAACGCGUUCGUGAGGAAAGCCGCCGGGUGUCAGCCCUUCGACAUCCAGAGGACGCCCUCCGGGUGCCUCCGGAUACGCAUGUCCGACGAGUUCAUAUCGCAGCUUAUGGAGGAGGGAGGGCGAGUCGAAAAGGAAUCAAAUAGCGAGAGCCGCGGCGACGGCGAGCAGAAGCCCGUCGGCAGGGUGUGCACGACGCCCCAGCUGGAGCGGGAUUACUCGCAGCUGGUGGGGUCGUGGAGGCGGUGGGAGCCGAAGCUCGAGACGAUAAGGGAGAGCGACAAGAAGAGCAGGUCUUCCUCUUCCUUCGGCAUGAAGAGGAGGAAGAAGCCGCCGUCGCCUCCAUCCAAAGCUUCCGUGCAGAAUCACCACAAGAUCCAGAAAUCGUCCGAGAGUCACGUCCAUGCUUCGGCGACGGCGGCCUCCACGAAACCUUCUUACAGAGCUAAGAUCAAAAUCAGAUCGAGAAAAUGAUGCUAGCUUCCUAGCCCCAUUUUAUUCUUGGCCAUCUUCUUAGAUUUUGGGUUUUGAUUAGAGACUAGAAGAAGAAAAAUACAGAAGCACUCUGUAGAGAGCCUUGUUCAUAGACAUUUACAUGAAUACAAAUAAAAAUUUGCAAUCCAAUCCAUACGUGUCGGGUCGGAUCUCUCUCUCAGCAUCUUAAACCUAAAUUGAAAUUCAGUUUUCAGAUGGAUGGUAAUGAUUCAUUUUCUGGGU